AUGGCGACCAGGCGAAACACGCUGCGGACUGUGCAGAAUUUGAGGUCAAAACGUAUUUUGGCCCUUGUACCUCAAGAAAACGCUCAAUCUGAUAUAAGUGGGACAUCGAACUCUGAGAAUGAGCUUGAAGACGAAGUGUACAACUUUCAAAGUCGAGCUUCUGAGUCAUCUGAAGCACCAUCAAUUGACUCUGCUUUAGAACGGCUCGAUAUAGAUUUUUCCGAUGACAACUAUCCGAAUACGGCUCCGACUGAUCACACAGGAUAUGAUGAGACUGACAAUUAUGAUGAUGACCACCAAGCAAAUAACUUUUCACUGACAUCCAUAAGUUCUUUACCAACACUUUCUCCAAUGUCAAACAUACCUUCUAUGACGCCAUCAUUUAUAAUCAACCAAUUCUCUGACUGGCCGUUUUCAGAUUUUGUCGCUAAUAACUGUGAUAAAGAUAACGAUGAUGAAGUUAUCGGUGGUAGAUCAAGAAUUGAAUCUACUAUUUAUUUAAAAUCUUGA